CAUGCGCGUGUUGGAGUUGAGUUGACGCAUUUGAUGAUGAUUCGCACAUCAUCAUCAGGUGGUCGAGGCUGUGCCCCGUUGUAGCCGUUGGAAAAACAUGGUUUCGUCUCCAACAAACCACUUUUCGAAACCCCAAAAAGAAAAUAUAUAAUCGAAAAGAAGGGAGCAAUUGCAGGAUAACAAAAAGGACAUUCAAUUCAUUAUGCAAUUGCAACAUAAUAAUACCAACACACAAACGUUAACCAACCAUGAUUCUCUCCUCUCUAUAACUGUACCGCAUAACGAAACUCACUCUCUGUCUUUUUCGUCGUGAUUUCGGUCACCUCAGGCUCAGGGUGCCAAACUCAAACCCCAACACACGCAAAGGAAUAGGUGAUUGCUUUUGCUUCAACAUUUAAUCAUCAAAUAUUGGAAAGCAGCAUGGCUGAAAGUGACAUAAUAGCCAUGAAGGAGACCCUCCGUGCCCAGCAGCAGCUUCUGCAGAAGCUGUAUGCAGAAUUGGACGAGGAAAGAGAAGCCUCAGCAACUGCAGCCAGUGAAGCCAUGGACAUGAUUCUGCGUUUGCAAGGUGAAAAGGCUGCGGUGAAGAUGGAGGCAAGUCACUACAAGAGAGUGGCAGAGGAGAAGAUAGGCCAUGCUGAGGCCACUCUUGAAGUUUUUGAUGAGCUCAUGUAUCAGAAGGAAAUGGAAAUCGCUUCUCUCGAGUUCCAAGUCCAGGCUUAUAGAAGCAAACUUCUGAGCUUCGGGUUUGAUUUCAAUGUCAGCGACUUUGAAUUCACUGAUGACAUGUUGUUGAGUAAAACUGAUCAACCUAACGGAGAAAAUAGUCGAGCUAGUAGUGUAAGAAGGUUGAGUUCACUGCCCCCUAUUCCUACCAAGAAUAACUUGAGAUCUGCUAGGAAGAGAGACAGAUCAACUAGUCCUGUUCCAAUUCUAGAUACGUGUCCUAAAAUAUUGGACAAUGAGGACCAAGAAGUUACGUCUCCAUCCAUGGAUUUGCCAAGAAAAUCAAUAGACUAUGCACAUGGAACUCUUGAUGCAUACUGGAACCAGAUCAAGUCGUUGGAUGAAAAAGUGAAAGUAUUUUCAGAUUGUAAAGAAUCAGAAGGAGAAAAAUGCAGCACGCUGAGGAGUAGAAGAGGGAGAUCAUGUUCAAUAUUUUCACAAGUAAACUCUAAGAUAGCCUCUGACAUAUCAGAGAGAGCAUCCCCUAGUGGUUCAGAUAAAGUAAAUCACGGCGAAGGUACACAAGAUAGAGAAUCAGCUGCUACUCCCUCUAGCACAAUUAAUGUUCAUGAUGUAUUUGAAGUACCACAAACGAGUGAAAAGCAUAGAGCCAGUAGUGAACUUGGGAAAAUAAGGCUUGAGAGAUGGAGUUCGGAUGCGGAUAACAGGUUAACAAAACCAGACUCGGUGUCUGAGGAAAUCAUUGAAUCACAUGUUAAACAUGAUAUACAGAAGCUAAAGAGCAUGCUUAGUGGAAACCAUGAAAUCAAAUUACCGAGUCCCAAAGACAUGAAGACCCUUGUUUGGCCCAAAAAAGAAGAGGGGGAGACGGAUUGCAAUGUUCAAGCUGAGUUUCAAAAGUUGCAUCAGAGAAUUGAUCAGCUUGAGAGGGAGACAAUUAAUAUAAGAGAAGAGAUUAAGAAUGAAGUGAAUAGGGAAGAGUAUUUGAGGUUGUUGAAUGACAUAAACAGUCAACUAAAAUUAGUGCAAGCAGAGAUGAGAAGAAGCUGGAAACCCCAAAAAGCCCCACCAAAGAAGGAUGUUUCUUUGGAUCCUCUUAAAGAGGCAAUGGUGUACUUCUGGAUUUGAUCAAGUAAAUGCAUAAUGGCCAUAUCAGGCAACCAAUUAACCGGGUGCAUCAAUGUGUCUCAAAAGAUUAUGCGGUAUAGGCAGGUAGAUAGAUCUUCUAAUCCGAAUUUUGGUUACUGAAGAAUGUAUACCUUCUCAAAAUUCCAUAUUUUACAAGCGGCACUAAUAUGACGGGGAUUUGAAAUUCUGUGUGGUUAA